GGCUGCGCAGGGUCCGCGGCUCCUCUCUCCGCCCCCGCGCAGGACAGCGGGCUGGGAGUCGCCGGGGCGAGGCGGGGGUCACGGCGGGCACUCCUCCCCUCCCUCCCUCCCUCCCUCCCUCCCUCCCUCCUCCCGCCCCGUGGCCCCGGAGCCCGGGCGGCGCUGCGGGCGGAGGCUGCCGCCUUCCCGGCCACCGCCGCCCGGCGAGGAACCUGCGCGCCCUCCGCCGAGCUCCCCGCGGAGCAGCGCGGAGCAGCGCGGAGCGGCCCCCGGCCAUGGGGUUGCGCGCCGCCGGGCUCCUCGGCUGCUGCUGCCUCCUGCGCCUCGUCCUCCCCGCAGCCGCAGGUGUGAACUGUAAAACUGGCUGCCACCCAGACAAUGGAUUUUGUGAAUUUCCCAGUGAAUGCAGAUGUCAGUCUGGUUGGCAAGGUGCUCUUUGUAAUCAGUGUGUGCCUUUCCCUGGGUGCGUGCACGGCAGCUGUGCCAAGCCCUGGCAGUGCAUCUGUGAGGAGGGCUGGGUUGGCAGCCUCUGUGACAUAGAUAUUCACCCAUGUUCUGCAAAGCCCUGCGCCAAUAACUCUACGUGCAUAGAGACUGGUGAUGGAGGUUAUAUUUGUCUCUGUGCCCAGGGAUUUACAGGAAAAAACUGCGAUCUCAAAAAAGGUCCCUGCAUUAUUAAUGGCUCUCCCUGCCAGAAUGGAGGAACAUGCAUUGAUGACAAUGGUUUUGCACCCCAUGCUUCCUGUCUGUGCCCUUCUGGUUUUGCUGGCAACUUCUGUGAAAUAGAUAGAGAUGACUGUGAAUCCAAUCCGUGUGCAAAUGGAGGAACAUGUACAGAUAUUGGUGUGGGUUUCAGCUGUUCUUGUCCCCGUGGCUAUAUAGGAAAGCUCUGCAGCAGCCGUAUCAUAUUCUGUGCAAGUGGCCCAUGUGAGAAUGGAGGCACAUGCAGUGAACAUCCCCAGAGAGGAUUCAAAUGCAUCUGUAAACCAGAGUUCGUUGGUGUGACCUGCAAACAUCCCAGCAAAAACACAAGUCUUUCUGGAGUGAAUAUAGAGGCAAAGCAUAUGCAGAAUUACAAGACACCCUCAAAGGCUCAUCACAGAUCAGUGCAUCAACAAGAAAUCCUGAAAAUAACAAUGAAAGAAACAAUCCAGAAUGCAGAUCCCUUGCUCAGUAGAAGUCAGGUGAUAUGUUUUGUUGUACUGGGCUUGCUUACAUGUCUUGUUGUCUUGGGUACAACCGGGAUCGUGUUUUUUUCAAAAUGUGAAAUGUGGCUUGCUAAUGCCAAAUACAGUCAUCUCCUACGCAAGAAAAAGAACUUUUUUCUGAAAUCUAACAAUGGGGAAAACCUCUCAGUUAAUAUUAUCUUCCCAGAGAAGAUCAAACUGGCUAAUUACACUAAGAACUAUACUGCCAUCUAGGCCCUUAAAAGCCAAGCAGCAACUUGCAACUUUUCAUAGCAAUGUGUAAAAUAUAUUGAAUUUAUUGCCUGUGAUUGGCCUCAGUAUUUGUGGGUACAUUUGCUGUAGCUUGUGCUGAGUGAUAAUGAAGAAAUAUAAUGUAUCUGUGUUGCUAAGGAUUUUUCAUUCCCCAAAAUAAAAGGUAAAAAAAAAAAAAAUUAAAGAGCAGGAAAUGAUAAUCUGAUUUCUUUUCAAGGCAGCUAUUUUUUGUAAAAUAAAAAGUAAUUUACCACUGGAACUGUAUUGCAGCUUUCUUUUCUUGUGCAUAGUUUAUUUGGCAAAUAUGGUACCUGUAAAUUACUCAGUAACUUUUUUUUUAAUAAAUAGCAGUUAAGG